AUGGUGUGUCUGUGGUGUGUGCUGGUCCUACUGACACUGCUCCCUGCCUCACAGAGCACAGACGCAGGGGUCAAAGUCAGACUAACACAAAAAGCACUGGAGUAUGGUCAAAAUAUUGGUAUUACUUAUUUGCAGCAGAAACUCGGAACCAUUAAGGUGCCUGACAUUUCUGGGUCAGAGAGUGUGUUUCCUAUUGGUGAAGUCCAAUACAGAGUGACAGGGAUGCAAAUAGUGAGUCUUGGGUUGCCCCAGUCUGCUGUGGGGCUGGUGCCUGGCACUGCUGUCAGCUUUUCCAUUGGAAAUGCCUUCAUCAACAUGCACGGCAACUGGAGAGUCAAAUACUCUAAUUUCAUAAAGGACAGUGGCUCUUUUGACCUGAGUGUGAACGACUUGACCAUCAGCACUAGCAUUGCCAUUCGGAGUGAUGAGACUGGACGCCCGGCUGUCAACAGUGCCGGUUGUUCAGCAACAGUGGGCAAUACUAAAAUCAAGCUCCACAGUGGGGCUAGUUGGUUAUAUAACCUCUUCAGUUUCUUCACUGACAAGAUCCUUGGCAAAGCCUUAGAGAGACAAAUCUGUCCCUUGGUAGUUGAAACCAUUGUAGAGAUGAACCACUAUCUGAAAUCAUUAAAUGUUCUGGCUGAAGUAGAUGAAUAUGCUGAAAUUGAAUAUCCCAUGGUAGCAUCUCCUGUCAUCUCAAAAUCAUCAAUUGAUUUCAGUUUAAUGGGGGAGUUCCACAGCACUGGCCAGCAUCACUGGUCAGCAGCUCCAUUCUCCCCGACAGCUUUUUCACUGCCCCCUCAGGACAGCAAUAUGCUCUACAUUGGUUUGUCUGCUUUCACUGUCAACUCAGCAGCCUUUGUGUAUCACACUGCUGGAGCCCUUAGCUUGUACAUCACAGAUGACCUGAUUCCACCCAGCAUUCCCAUUCGACUCAGCACCAUAACAUUUGGAGCAUUUAUUCCACAGAUUGCCAAAAUGUACCCUGGAUUGAUGAUGAAGCUGCACAUGAAAACAGCAAAGGUGCCCAUCAUCACCUUUCAGCCCAACAAUGUGACAGUGCAGGCCAGCAGUACAGUCACAGCCUAUGCCAUUCAGCCCAAUGCUACACUCUCUCCUCUAUUUGUACUCAACCUGGAUGCCAGUGUCAGUGCUCGCAUUUAUGUGACCGGUCUGAAAGUGGCUGGAUCUGUGACUCUAAACAGCAUUGACAUAACCUUAGGAACAAGCUAUGUGGGACCAUUCCAGGUGAAAUCACUUGACAACAUUUUUGUGAUGGUCCUGAAAGUGGCUGUUUUACCCAUGGUUAAUGCUUACUUUGAGAAAGGUUAUCCUCUGCCUGCUAUUGGAGAAAUAGAUCUGAUCAACACUCAGCUCCAGGUGCUGAAGGACUACAUGCUACUUGGGACAGACUUGAAAUUCUCCAGAUGA